AGCAGGGUGGCUGGCAUUGACGACCGAGGUGCAACAGAGAGUAGAGCCUGGCAAGUGUUAGAGCAAUAUGGAGCUGCUAGAGCCUCUGCGUGAGUUUGUGGCACAGUAUGUGGAGACGCCCGAGGUGUACGCCCCGACGUUGGCCGGCAAGUCGCUCGGCCCGGAGAUGGUGGCCGCCGUCGAGGCUGCGCUCAAGGCCCUCUUUGACGCCGGCAAGGUGCUUGAGCCGACAGCACUGGCAAAAAUGACUCCGUUGGAUGAGCUCCUGGUCAAGGGCUUUGAUCCGGAGCAGAUUUGGGCGGAGAUCCGUGUCCAGCACGAGGCCAAGCUUGACUGGCUUGAGGAGCGGGCCGAGAAGCUGGUCGACAAGAACGACGCCGGCUCGCUCGGCCCGCUCUCUGAGCAUCUGCCAUCGAGGACGCAGUCGAGCUCGGAUGACGAGAGCGCCGAAUACGAGGAGGAGGACGAGGACGGACUUGUGAGCGACGGCGCCAUGGACGAUGACAUGCGCGAGCUGAUGGAGGAGGCCAUGGCGAGUGCCAGCGCGAGUGCCAGCGCGAGUGCCAGCGCGAGUGCCAGCGCGAGUGCCAGCGCGAGUGCCAGUGAUGACGAGAGCGAGGCUGGUGAGAACGAGGGCCCUGCGGUUGCGGCGAUGGAGCUCGCAGCGGCGUCCAGGGGCCCGUCGCAUGUCAUCGACGACCGGUUCUUCCGAUACGACGACUUUGAGCGGAUGGGCGACGACCGGAUCGACGCGCUCGACCCGAUGGGUGCCGGCAUUGCCGACGACGAUGACAUCAUGCGCGAGCUGUACGGCAUGGACGACGACGACGACGGCAGCGACGACGAGAAGGCCAAGGGCAAGGGCGACAAGGCCAAGUCGCGGAAGCGCAAGGCAUCGGCCAUGGACGACGACCUUGACGAUGUCAUGGACCUCAAGUACAACGAGUUCUUUGACCCGCCGGUCAUCCGGGCUGAUGACUCGGAGUCAGAGUCGGACGACGACGGCGAGGGUGAGUCGGACGAUGACGACAGUAGCGACGGCGAGUCGGACGAGGAGUCCGGCUCUGGCUCUGGCUCUGGCUUUGGCUCUGGUUCGGGCUCGGGCUCGGGCUCGGGCUCGGGGACCGAGAAGCUCUCCAAGUACCAGCUCCGCAAGAAGCGCAUGGCGGAGAAGAUCGCCAAGCUCGAGGAAAAGUCGCUGGCGCCGAAAAAGUGGUCGAUGAUGGGUGAGGCGUCUGCGCGGUCACGGCCAGCCAACUCGCUGCUGACGGAGGAUCUCGAGUUCGAGCACGCCAUGGCGCCGGUGCCGGCCAUCACGGCCGAAACGACGCAGUCGAUCGAGGCGAUCAUCCGGCAGCGGAUCGCCGACCGGGCGUUUGAUGACGUGAUCCGCAAGAAGGAGGUGCAGGGCGAGGACCCGAGCAAGCAGCCACGCAAGCUGCUCGAGGCCGAGCUCGGCGCCAAGUCGAAGAAGUCGCUCGCACAAGAGUACGAGGACGCAUACAUGAAGCAGGCUGGCGCCUACCGCGACGUCGAGGCCGAGAAGGCGACUGAGGAGGAGCUCGAGAUGCAGCGGCUGUUCCACUCGCUCUGCGAGGACCUCAAUGCGCUCUCCAAUUACCAGAACGCGCCCAAGCCGUUUGUGCCCGACCUGGAGAUCGUGGCCAACGCGCCGGCCAUCAAGGUCGAGGAAGCCAUCCCCAUGGCGGUUGCCGAGGGCUCGACGCUCACCGCAAAGGAGGUGUACAGCUUGAGCAAGUCUGGCGACGCCCUUGCUGGCGAGGGUGAGGUGACCCGCGAGGAGCGGCGCGCCAAGCGCAAUCGCAACAAGCGUGCCGCCGCCAAGUCGCGUGCCCGCGUCGCCGCCCGCACCGUCGUCGCAGGCGCGCCCGAAAAGGCCAUGUCCAAGGAUGCUGCGCUCAAGGCUAUCAAGGCCGACUCGUCGGUCAAGUUUGCAGGCGACGCGGAUCCAGGCGGACCGAACUACGCCCGCUCCGGCGACCUCUUCCGCAAGCUCCAGUCGGACGUCCGUGCCGAUCUCUCCUCCUACAAGGCGUCCAAGAACUCCAAGGCCGGAUCCAGCGGCCGCAAGCCGAAGAAGCGGGACCGUUCGGCGGCUACUUCCCAGUACAAGCUCUAG